AUGAAGCUUAGCUCAGUUGCUGUUUCCUUUGCUUUUAUUACUCUCCUAAUAUUUGUAUGGAGGUUAUUGAAUUGGGUGUGGUUGAGACCAAAGAAGCUAGAGAGAUGCCUUAGGCAGCAAGGUCUGACUGGAAAUUCCUACAGGUUGUUGCAUGGGGAUUUUAGAGAGAUGUCGAGGAUGAAUAACGAAGCAAAUUCCGGACCCAUCAGCUUCUCUGAUGAUAUUGUGAAGCGAGUUCUACCAUUUUUUAAUCAUUCCAUCCAGAAAUAUGGUAAAAACAGUUUUACAUGGUUGGGCCCAAAACCAGUGGUAAACAUUAUGGAGCCUGAGCUGAUAAGGGAUGUUCUCUUAAAGCACAAUGUCUUUCAAAAACCACCGCCGCACCCUCUCAGCAAGCUGCUGGCUACUGGUGUUGUUGCGUUGGAAGGUGAACAAUGGACUAAACGUAGAAAGAUCAUAAACCCAGCUUUCCAUCUAGAAAAGUUGAAGCCAGCCAAACUCACUGGGAUGCUCAGAGUUUUGAGGUACCCAAGCACUACAUGGAUUUUUAUGAGACAUCUUGGUCUAUCAUAAGUGCUGGACGUGUUAGAAAAACUUGAAAAAAAAAAUCAUUGAUAAUAAAGUGUUCACUAUUGAUCUUGA